GAUACUUGAGGUGUUCAGUUUACGGGACAAAGAUUUCAUAACUCUUUGAAGUGUUCGGAGCUAAGUUCAGAGCAUUCAAAAUGAAUCCUGGAGAGCCUCCUGCGGACAACCCCGGUCACGGAAAGCCCCUCUACUCGGAUUUCUUCAAGUUCGACUUUGUCGACGCCAAACCAAGCGCAAGUCGUCGCAACAGUGACGUUCAGGAUGCAUCCGGGUUUGCGGUUAGAAACAACUCCACAAUCGCUGCCGCUGCUUCCAGUCGGUCACUUCCGGUGGAACCUGUUCCGUUGCCAGUUCCAACGCGCAAAGGUUCCACCUAUCUGGACACUCCAACUAGUCCAAUGUCACGGGUGUACGCGAUGAACGGAGCAAAACGGGGCAAGGUACUCAUCUUCAACCAGGUGGAGUUCGAUGUGGUGGAUUAUCCGGAGCGGUUCGGAACACACAGUGACGUGGAACGGCUGUACAUGACACUGCCGCGAUUGGGGUUCCAACGGGAGGAUAUAAGUGUGUUCCAAGACUUUAGUGUCGGCGAGAUUCGACGCGAAGCAAUGAGACUGCAGGUAGAUAAGGACCUGGAAGAGGCGGACUGUCUCGUGGUGAUUUUACUGACCCAUGGCGAGGAGGGCGAUUAUCUGAUGGCGCAGGACGACCGCUAUCAUCUGUACGAGUUCAUUGAGAACUUUACGCCGACGGCGCUUAACUCUAUGGCCGGCAAGCCGAAACUGUUUAUAGUGCAGGCCUGUCGGGGCAAGAAGCUUGAUCGGGGCGUGAAUCUGCGGGCAAAGCUGAUCCAGGCGGACAGUGUGCCAAAGGAUGUCGUGGAUUCGCAGUCGGGGGUUUUUUCCUAUCCGGAGUUUGCGGAUCUGAUGAUCGUGAUGAGCUCGCACCAUGGCCACUACUCGUUCCGCAACGAAACCGGCAGCUGGUUGAUCCAGGAGCUGUGCAACGUGAUCGAUAGCUGUGAUCUGGAGCAGGACUCCAUCUACGACAUUCUCACCGAAACCAACAAGCGCGUUGCCGGGCGCUCUUCCAACGCCGACGGGGAGUUCCACAACAAGAAGCAAAUACCUAGCUUUUACUCGACACUUACCAGGCAGCUGUACUUUAGACCUGCGCAAUAAACGCUUAUAGUAG